GGGCCCUUGGAGGAGAGAGUUUGUUGUGGUGUGUGCGGCGGGCAGGAAAUAUCAGGUUUAGCCAUGGAUGUCACCUGUCCCUAUAACAAUGAGCACAAAAUUCAAGGCACAGAUCUGAGAAUGCACAUUAUGACCUGCCAGGACAGCCGUUGCAAGGAAACUGGCAAUUCUGCAGUGCCACAAGCCACCAAGAAGAAAACUAACUGGAAAGCUUUUCCUGUUCAUUUUAAGCAUGAACAGCCAGAAAUGAAAGUCUAUGGUCCACAAGAUCCAGAGAGACUUCUACAGUGCCCAUAUGAUGCCAAUCACCAGAUAAGGGCUUGUCGAUACCCUUAUCAUCUGAUAAAGUGCAGAAAGAGUCAUCAAGAUGUUGCCAUGCAGCUUGCCACUUGCCCAUUUAAUGCUCGUCAUAUGGUGCCACGUGCAGAACUCAGCCACCAUAUCUCAAGCUGUGAGGAUAAAAGUUGCAUUGAACAGGACAUUGCUGAUGAAAACAGCAUUUACAAAAGAGAUGUGAAGCCUAGCAUGUGGACUUCCCCUCCGUGUUCUGAGGAUUGGGACCAAGAUUUGCAGAGUAAACCGCCUUCUGUGUUCAUGUGGGGGACACCUUCGUACCCUGUGCCUAGUUCUGGAACUUUAAUGGAUCCUAAAUCAAGUCUGGGUUCAAGUUUGCGUGCACCUAAAUCUCUGCCCUAUGUGCUGCCGUGGAAAAUUAGUUCCAGUAAGGACUAAUCUAUUGAAGAAAUCCUACUUUUACAGAUUUGUAAGAGAAGAUUGCCCUUUCAAGUGCCUGUGCGUUGAUAUUGUUGGUGUUUGUUUUGAAUUUGCAAGUUAAACUCUGCUUCAAGAAAGCUUUAUCUAGGCCAUUUCUACACCAUGUCAGGAGGAAAGGGUUUGCAGUUAUAGUAUUUAUGUUGGCGUGUCCCAACUGUUAGCUGGAGUCACAAGCCAUAUUGACAUUUCUAGCAAUGUGCCAUGGGCUACUUUUGUUGGGCACCCUUUCCCAUAGUAACAGUCCUGAGGUAUUUUUGUUUUUACGCACAUGUUUAAAUAC